UGUCUCUGAUGGAAAAACCAAAUCGACCACAACGCAAUCGUCGUCACAGUAGACGUGCCUGGCCACCAGAAGAUGAUUUACAUUAUCCACGAGCAGCCAAACGCCUUUUCACUCCCGAAAUCAAGCGAAUGCUUAAAGAAUGGCUGGUGCGAAGACGAGAAAAUCCCUAUCCCAGUAGGGAGGAGAAAAAACGCCUAGCCAUAGAUACAGGGCUGACUUAUACCCAAAUUUGCAAUUGGUUUGCCAAUUGGCGUCGUAAAUUGAAAAAUGCCGAAAGAGAAAAAUCAAAGAAGUCCUGGGGUCAUCUUAUCAAAAACUACAAUACCAAUGCCAAGGGUAAUGUCGAACAAUUUAGUAUAUCAUCGGAGGAUAGCAUAUGGGAAGAGGAGGAACAACAAUAUCGACGUCACCAGCAUAGUGAUAACGACUAUGAGGAUGAUGAUGAUUUAGAUUCAAUGUGUGAUCUAGAUGGUUCAAGUGGUAGUGGUUCGACAGAUAUCACAACAACAGAACGUAAUGACAACGGUAGCGGUAGUGGGUGCAGUACAAUAAGCAGUAGCAUUGGCCAAAGUGAUUAUCACUCAAUGGAUAUGCAUCAAAAUAGGAAUGGCUAUACCACUCUGACUUUACACAAUGAUCCUAGUGAUUUGUUUAUAGGACGUGAGGUAGAUGUGCUCACGACAAAUGCCACCUGUCAAAUAACACAGAGUGCUGCAAGUGCGGAGAUACUUAUGAUACAACGACACCACCGACCAUCUCACCCACCACCACAAUGGUACAUAUUGAUUAUAGUGGACAGCCAGUAA